GUUCGGCCGGAGCGAAAAUGUCGAAGAAGCGGGCGGCGGCGGGCGAGCUGCGGGCGCUGCGGGCGGCCGUGCACGGCCAGCUGGCGGAGGCCGCCGAGGAGAUCUUCGGCCUGCUGGCGGAGCGGAGGAAGACGGGCGACGUGGCCGCGCUGCGGGAGCUGGUGACCGAGCGGCUGACCGCGGCGCUGGAGAACAUCCUCACCGUGUUCGAGAGGAGCGGAGCCGCCGGGGCGGAGCAGGCCGGCCCGCCGCACGGACACGGAGCCCCGCCGGGAAAAGCAGAGCUGCGGUUCUCUGUCGGCGUCAGGAGCGUCUCCAGUCAAACACGAACCUCCUCGCACGCGAAGCCCAGCCUCGACGUGGAGGAGUGGCAGGACAAGGCUCGCCCCGGCACCUCGACGAAGCCCGAGGACACAGAGCGCCCCCCGGUGUCCCCGGACGACCCCGCCCCCGAGGACGACGGUGAUGAAAAUGACGAGGAGGAGGAGGGGUCCCCUCCCUGCUGCAAGGUGUGUGGAAAGUCUUUCGACAGGAAAGGCUUUCUGAUGAAGCACGUGGAGAAGCACACCAAGGACGCCGAGUGUCUCUGCGGCCUCUGCGGCCAAAGUUUAGACUCCACUGACGCUCUGAGGCUCCACCUCCAAACCCACCGGGACGACAGCAGGACCUGCCCCAUCUGCGGCAAGAAGUUCCCGUCCAUCCGGGCACAGGAGACGCACCUGAGGCUGCACACAGGAGAGAAACCCUUCAGCUGCCCCUUCUGCGACAAGGGCUUCAACCAGAAGGGCAACAUGGUGACGCACAUGAGAAUCCACACAGCGGAGAAACCCUACAAGUGCAGAGUGUGUCGCAGGGAGUUCAGCCACACCGGCUCGCUGGAGCGCCACAUGAAGGCCCACGACGGCCAAACGCCGUUCAGCUGCAAAGUCUGCGGGAAAGACUUCGCCAAGAGCACCGAGCUGAGGAAACACAGCCAGAGCCACGCUGCUGAGCCCAGGGACGAGCCCCGCGGCAGGAACAAGCGCAAGAAGCCCGGCCUGGCGCCGUCCCACUUCUGUAAAGUGUGCGGCAGCGGCUUCCACAACAAGGGCAACUUCCUGAGGCACGCCGAGACGCAUCUGAACGACACAGAGGCGCGUUGCGGCGUGUGCGGGGAGCAGGCGGAGUCGGCAGAGAGCCUGAAACUUCACAUACAGAGCCACAGAGAAACCAGCAGGAUCUGCGACGUGUGCGGCAUCAGCUUCCGUGACAUGGAGAUCCACAUGAGGAUCCACACGGGCCAGAAGCCGUUCAGCUGCAAGGACUGUGGGAAGCACUUCCCCCGGAAAGGCUCACUGGAGCGCCACAUGAAGCUGCACGCCGGUGAGAGGCCGUACAUCUGCGAGUUCUGCGGGAAAACGUUCAUCGAAAACACUGUUCUGAAAAGACACAUCAAGAGCCACACAGGGGAGAAGCCGCGGAUUUACUCGUGUGAUGUGUGCGGCAAAAAGUUCACCAUGAGCCAGCACCUGGAUGUGCACAAAAGGAUCCACACCGGGGAGAAACCCUACACCUGCAGGGUCUGCGGCAAGAACUUCCGGCAGAUCGGCAACCUGGACUCGCACAUGAGGAUCCACACAGGCGAGAAGCCGUUCAUUUGCAGCCUCUGCGGGAAGCGCUUUCGCCAAAAGGUUUCCCUGGAGACGCACGAGAGGUUCCACAAGAAGGAGAAACCGUACGGCUGCCACCUCUGCCAGAAGGGCUUCGUCCAGAAGAUCGACCUGAAGAGACACAUGCUGACUCACACAGGGGAGAAACCCUACAGCUGUAAAGUGUGCGGGAAGAGGUACCAGGAGAAGAGAUCCUUGGACUCGCACAUGAAAGUUCACACGGGCGAGCGAGGUGGGAAGGAGGCAGCGGCGGCGGCGGCAGCGGCAGUGAGCCUCAAGCGGCACGACGGUCCUCACACAGACUUCAUCCAGUUGUAAACUCACUCAGCUGAUUUUAUUUUUUUCGAGGGAGGGCGAAACUUUUAACCACGCAGAUUUCGUAUAAGUAUUUCACUGUUGUGAGUUUAUGUGUUCUAUUGAUCCAAAGGUUUUAAUUUUUUAAUUUAUACUCGUGUGUCAACAUUAGGGUUAGAUAGAGAGAUAAUUUAUUGUCCUCCAUCAAGGUCAAUGAAGGAACAUUCAGUCAGUCAAACUAUAAACCACUCAUCAGUCCCGAUCAUUUGGUCCAAUAUUCAGGAUAUGAAUAUUGGACCAAAUAAUGAUAUGAAAACCAGUCAGGCUCCACCUCUCCAUCUGAAAGACAGCAGGACAAAAGUGAGUGGGCGGGGCCUUGUUUCUGAUCACAUGGUUCCAGUUUUCCUCUCCCUUUUCAGUGGAUUUGUCUGUAAUUCAGUUUGACAGACAGACAGAAGAGGCUCUAAGGUUCCAGUUUUCAUUUCAGUUUAACAGGAUUUACGCUCACAAACAUCUGGACUGUUCAGAUCUGAUCCAGCGGUGCCGACCUGACCUGUACAUACUGAUGGGGAUGUGCACGGAUACCCAGUUAGCAGGUUUACCAGUUGUUUUAAA